GGGGGAGAUCCGAGUGCAAGGUUCUUCGGAGUCAGGCGGCACGCAGCCUGACGAGGAGUUCGUAGAAUCCGCUGAAGCAGAGGCGGAAGCCGAGAUUGAGAAUGUCCACGAGGCCGAGGAGGUACCCGAGGGCUCCGAGGACAACACCGACUGGUGGGAUCAGGGCUGGCAAGGUGGCUGGGACUCCUGGACCCAGGAGCCCUACUCCAGUUCAUAUGGCUGGUGGAAGGGCCGCCCCGGCGGCAGUGCGGCCAGCUGGGCCACCUGGGAUGCCUCGGCCACGGCAUCAGCCCAGGCGGAACGGUUCCUACCGGAUUUUGUCAUCGCGUGGCUCCUACUACAACGGUCCGGGCUGGAUACUACAGAAAAGAGCGUGAUCGUGGCGAACUUUCAAGGACGCCAGGGAGAAGCAAGCGCAGAUGAGAAGGCUACAUCUGGAAACACCGGAGACCAGCGCGUGCACUUCGUGUUCUCGGCCGUUGACGACAGGACAACUGCGGAGCCAGAUGCCAAAGACGACGACACAGCAGCAACAGAGACAAGCUUGUUGGCCUUGGACGAGAUCGUGGCCACCGGCAAGGCCAUCAUCGAUGGCGGCGCCACGAGUAGCCUGGGAUCGGAAGAGGCCUUACAGCAAGUGGCUAUGCUCAACUGGAAGGCUACGGGAAGGGACAGCAUCGAGAUUGUCCCAGAGGAGCGACCAAGCUUCAGGUUCGGGAACAAAGCACAGCACACCUGCCUGUCGACGGCGUUGCUCCGACUGCCAAUCAGCUGCAAGGACAGUCAGAUGCGUGUGCACAUCCAUGAUAUUCCCGGUCAACCAGUGUUGCUGAGUGUGAAGAGUUUGCGAGCCUUAGGAGCAGUGAUAGAUUUUUCCAACGACCAGGCCGUGUUCAAGGCCUUGGACCCAAAGGCGGUGGUGUCACUCGAGACCACCAGCAGUGGGCACCAGCUGUUUCCUUUGGCCCGGGACGUGCUUGAAGGGGCUACUCCGCUUGAACAUCCUUUUAGCUCGUUCCAGCAGUAUGUGAAGACUGCGCAUCCCGGGCAUUAG